AUGGCGUCGAGCCCCCCAAUCGCCACUGUCUACGUGCGCAACCUCGAGGAGCGCGUCAAGCCGGAGCCCCUGAAGGAGGCCCUGAGCGAGAUCUUCUCCGAGUAUGGCAACAUCAUCGACAUCGUCGCCAAGACGAACCUGAAGGCCAAGGGCCAGGCGUUCAUCGUCUUCGACAGCCCCGAGGCUGCGCAGCAAGCUAUCGAGGAAGUCCAAGGCUUUGAGCUCUUCGACAAACCGAUGCAGCUAGCGCUGGCAAGGACACGCAGUGAUGCGACGGUCAAGACGUUCGGCUCUGAGGAGGACUUUGAGCUGCAUAAGCGACGACGAACCGCCGAGAAAGACAAGAAGAAGGCCAUCGAGGCGGCACAAGACCAGCAACGUCUCAAGCGUCCCGGUGCCGCUGGCCCAGAAGCCGUACGACCAGCCAAGACGGCGAGAGGCGCUGGUCUCAAGGCGACAGGACCCUCUGCCGCUGCCGUUGUGCCCGACGAGUAUCUCCCGCCGAACAAGGUCCUUUUCAUCCAGAACAUCCCCGACGACUACGAUGUCGAGGCGCUCACCAGCAUCUUUGGCCGCUUCGACGGCUUCCGCGAAGCGCGUCUGGUGCCUGGUCGCCGCGGUAUUGCAUUCGUCGAGUACGAUGCGGAGGCGGGUGCUAUCACGGCCAAGGAGAACACCGCUGGCAUGUCGCUGAAUGGUGGAUCGCAUACCAUGAAAGUUACGUACCAACGGCAGUAG